CUUGGUCGUGUAUUGCCCGCUGGCAUACUUGAAUGUCAUACUGAGUCCUGUCGUUGACCACAGCAACCAUGCCGCCCAUUCCUGGCAAGCGCGAGAAGCGGAUCGUGGGAACUUCGCUCAAGAUGUACUUCGAUCUCCCGUCCACUCUCAACUACAUCGACAAGGUUGCAGCGCUUUCGAGCGUUGCUGAGAAGGCAGAAAUCGACCUCUUCGUCAUUCCGGACUUCGUCACCCUGCUCUCGGCGAAAGAGAAGCUAGCCGAGUCCAGCGUACUUCUUGGGGCUCAGGAUUCGUACAGUGAGGACAAAGGCGCGUUUACUGGCGAGGUCAGCCCAUUGACCUUGAGUCAAGCUGGUGUGAAGAUUGUAGAGAUCGGCCACGCGGAGAGGAGAAGACUUUUUGGGGAAACAGAUGAAGAUGUCGCCAAAAAGGCCGCUGCCAUCGUCAGGAACGGCAUGAUCCCCCUUGUGUGCAUCGGAGAGAAGAGUAAGGGCCAAAUCGCGUCGCAAGCCGUUGGCCUCGCUGUGAGCGAGUGCAAGCCCCAGAUUCAAGCCGCUCUCUCGCAGGUCCCAGAUGACGCAGAAGUGAUUCUGGCCUAUGAACCGGUGUGGGCGAUAGGCGCUGCUGAGCCUGCUGGCGCGGAUCAUGUUGUCGCAGUCACGCAAAGCUUGAGGGCGCUGGUGCAGGACAGGAAAGGCCGAACGCGCAUCUUGUAUGGAGGCUCCGCUGGGCCUGGUACAUUUCAGAGACUGAAGGAUGGCGUGGAUGGCUGCUUCCUUGGGCGCUUUGCUCAUGAUGUGAAGAACCUCGAGAAGGUGAUACAGGAGAUGGCCGAGCGCUGAGCACGUCGCGACUCGAGUCGCGAGAAGAUUUUGCAAAACACCAUUCUAGUUGCCGCUCGUGUCGCCGCGCACCCAUCGCAGUCAUCACCGACACCUCAUGGCCUCCAAUAACUACUCAAGAUCUCUGCUCGCCUCACCUCGCCGUCGCCGCCAACCACUGCUGGCGCCGCCGCCGCCGCCCUCCAUCCUCCGCCUCCUCCUCCUCCUCCUCCUCCUCCUCUCCUCCCCCUCGCCGGCCUCAAACGCCGCAAACGCCGACAAACCCCGCGAGAAGCUUCUGGCAUCUGCCUGCUCCCUGCUGCUCUCAUUGGUCGUGCCACAGGAAAGCCACUCGCCGUCGCCGUCGUGGCGCAGAAAAGUUGGAACGGCCCGCACUACGGACGC